AUGGAGCCCCGUCAGACUCGCUCGCAGACCGCAAAGGCUGCCGAGUUUUCACAACCACCCAAACAAGCUGCCUAUGCGCAAGCUUCGAACCCCGUCGAGCAUACACCCCAAGAACAGCGCACGUCGGAAACACAGUCGCGUCAAUAUGGAGAUGCGACGCCUUCGAUCACGCGCGGGGCGAGUUCAAGGCCAGCGAAUGAUGAGGCCCGAGCGCUUCUUGAGGAGCAGCAUCGAAAGGAACAACGCGCGAUGCAAAACCAUGCCGUGGACCUGGAGUAUGGCGUUGAGCAACAGCCAUCGGAGGGAUAUAUUGCCGAUUCAGUGCAGCGCAAGGGGAUGGGACAGCGUCGUGCGCAAGCUGGGGCUCAUGCAGGUCCUGUUGGUGGUCCUGAUGGUCCUGGUGGGCCUGGACAUCCUGGGUUUGGAGAUCAGCCUGAUCUUGCGGCAGGGAUGGACGAGAAGAGGGCUGAGCAUGACCGAAUGCUGGACGAGAGGGUAGGAAACGUUUCUGUGCCGGUCGAUCGUGAAGUUGCUGAGAGGGAGGCUGUUAGGCAGCGCAAGUUGCAGCAGAAUGAGAAUGUGGAUGUGGAGGAGGCUGUUAAGCAAGCGACGGGGGAUCCAGUGGUUGGAAGUCACUAG